AGUGCGCGUCUCAUAACCGUGUGCGUUUUAGCACAUCACACGCUUGGUGUAAGGUGACCAGACCAAGCACACGAGUGAAGAAGCUGCUUGGAGAAGGUUGGCUCAGAUUACAACUUUCCCAUUUCCUGGGCUCGGCUGUGAGGACUUUCAGGGAAGAAGAAGAAGACGAGCAGCGCGAGAAAGCGCAAAGAAAACCGAGAGAACGAACGCAGCGGAUAAGGUUUCACUUUCUGAUUUGAUCUUCUUUUUACUUUUAUUUUUGUAAUUCGUUACUUUUUCAUAAUGAAUGCUCGGGAGGAAAAUCUGCUGAAAUCGAUCAGCAACGACACGCUGCUGGACCUGACGCAACGUUACGGCCAAGCGGCGCUGGGUUUCGGCGCAGCUCACGGCGCAUCGAGUCCUGCCCGCUACCCGCUCGCCUCCUCCGCGGCUGCAGACUUCCUCACGGCGCAGACGGCCAAAUCCGGCGAGAGCGGCGGCGAGCACACGAGCGACGACGACGAUGGUUUCGACGUGGACGCUCGGAAACAGAGCCCGGCCUUUGGAGAGGACCCCAAGCACCCGGCCGCCAAGAAGCCCAAGGAGCAGCGCUCUCUGCGCCUGAGCAUCAACGCGCGCGAGCGUCGGCGCAUGCACGACCUGAAUGAUGCGCUCGACGGCCUGCGCGCCGUCAUCCCGUACGCACACAGCCCGUCCGUCCGCAAACUGUCUAAAAUCGCCACGCUUCUCCUCGCCAAGAACUACAUCCUCAUGCAGGCGCAGGCUCUGGAGGAGAUGCGCCGGCUCGUGGCAUACCUUAACCAGGGCCAAACGCUCACGUCUGCCGUACCGAGCGCACUGGCCCCGUUCGGACAGGCCACCGCCACCGUGUACCCGUUCUCAGGCUCGGCGCUCGCUGCCUGUGUGGAGAAGUGCUCGUACUCGGCGGCGGCGCCUUCGAGUCUCUUCAAGCACUGCAGCGAUAAGCCUUGAUUCACACACACACACACACAUACACACACACACACACCAUCCUAUGCGCUUACUCGAACUUUACCCGCAGCUGGUCUCAAUAUACACAAUUGAAAUGUUUUGUUGUUGGGAAGAGAACUUUAGUCUAAUACAUAAUUCUUCGAUAUGUUUAAAUAACUGCUAUCUUCCAGGUAUUGUAAAAUAGCCUAUGUGUACGAAGGGUCACAAUCUAUUUUGGAACAGGCUUUUUAAAUUCCUCACAUUCAGCCGCUUUUCUCCUCUGUCCUCUUAACACAGCGGAAAGUAUUUUAACACUAUGUGAUGUAAUGCAUUGCAUUGGAGUGCAUGUUCACUGAUCCUAUGAGGGGGAAAAAAUAGAUCAUUCUUCAGUAACUGCCAUCACAAACCUCAGAAGUUUCCCCUAGUCGUUUAGUUUAUUAUUGGUAAACUAUGCAACGUGCCAAAAUGAGAAAGAUUAAACCCCCGAUUUAUAAUCAUGUAUAUUCAGUGAGACAGUCAGACUUCACUCUGGGCCAAGCAGAGCCGGAAUUCUCUCUCACCCUCUCUUCUGUCAGUGCUUUGUGGAGAAAAUGCAGUGUAACGCAAGUUGAAUCUGUUGGCCUAUGAUGGUGAAUUUGGAUAUGUUCAUGAACAUAUUCACUUGAUUGUAUUGUACAACUGUGAAGAUCUAGCUACUUGAUGACGCCUGAACUGGCAAAGCGUUUGGUCUUGUUGCUACAUGAGUUUCAUAUAUUGUUUA